AUGAAAAAAAAGUAGGAAAAAAAUAAACUCAAGGAUAAGGAGAGUAAUGUGGAUUGGUUUAAAUAAGAGAAACUGUAGUUUUCUUCUUCUGUGUUUUUAAUUUAAAACAAUAUUAUUGAGAAUCUUAAUGAAAGGUUAAAUGCAAGAUCAAUUCUUCUAAAAUAUUUAUAAAUUUUGUAGGAUCAGAACGACCAUCGCUAUAUGGGAUUAACAUAUGUUGGAGAAGAUGAAUUAACUAAAUAUUUAUAAUAAGUCCCUCUUAGUAAUCUAUUUCCCUCAAGAAUUUGGGAUUUCUCCUUUACAAGUAAAUUAACUUAUUAAAUAAGAGCAAUUCCUAUAAAGGUUGCAAAAUAUAAAAGAAGAUGAUUUAAUUAAAAUAAUUACACUAAUAAAAGUCUUAGCUUAGGGAAGGUUCUCCUCUGAAAAGCCUCCAAGUUUCUAGACGUCUGAAUAAAAAGUGGGUAGUAUCACAUAUCCAUUUCAAUAUGAUUACAAGGUAAAAUUACUGCUUGAAAAUCAAAUUAUUCUUAUUGAGCUUUAAAUUUUUCCAAAGAAAUACCCCCUAAUGAAUGGUCAAUAGCACCCAUAGUAAUUUGAUUAUGUUCACGAAAUGAUAUUUGUUGAUUUAAAUGAGAAUGGAGGAUCAUCCUAAAAGCAUCAAUUAUAGUAUGAAAACUAUCUUAAAACUCAGUAGAGCAUACCAAAUUUUUUUAGUGAUAUGAAAUACAUAGAAGAAGGGAUUUUUGAUAAAAAAUAGUAUAAAUACAGUAGAAUUGGUGAAGUGAAAGGAGAUUUGAUAGGACCACGAAUAUUUAAACCUUUAAUUUGCUAGAGCAAUUAAUUUAUCUAUAAUAAAAAGUUGAACCUGUGGAUGACAAUAGAAGAUGAGGAAAAGUAUUAUAAGAAAUUACAAUAAUAUGAAGAAAUAAGAUCACAUAAUUAUACUAUCUAAAAAUAUUGUAACUUGCCAUCCUCAUAAUAAUUGUUAACUAUAAUAAAGAAUAUACCUAAUUUUAAAGUGAAACUAACGUCAGAGUAAGAAAACGUUAUUUCAUAUGGAGGAGACGCUUUAGUGAUUGGUAGGAGUGGAACAGGCAAGACUACAUGUGCACUAUUAAAAUUGUUUUCAACCGAUAUACUGUAUAAAUUAAGAAUCAACUUAGAUAAAAUAAAAAAUUAAAAUUCCAAUAUUCUAUUAUCUUAAUAAGAUUAAAAUACAUAAUUAAAAACAAUAUUUGUAACAGCAAGUCCAUUAUUGGCUUGCUAAGUUAAAAGACUAUAUGAAUAAUUAGUGAAUAAUAUCCAAAAUGUGAUUAAUACAAAGAGAUAAAGAUAAACAAAGGUUUCAUAAAACAACCAAUAAUCUGAAAGCAUAGAUCUAGAAUAAAGUACUUUUUAAAUAAUUGAGGCAUUAUAACAAAAUGAAAACGAGAGCAUUGAUAAUUAAUAAUAAGAAGUUUAGAAAGAUGAUGAAAUAGAGGAUGAAGAUAUUAGUGAAUUCGAGAAGGAAAUGGGGAAAUUUAAUAAAUUUAGCGAAAUUAAACAAUAUCCUGUCUUCUUGACUUUGAGAAAAUUGUUGGCCCUUAUUGAUUCUUCACUCCUCAAUUCUUUUUUUACAGUUUAUGGUGGAUAUUAAACUAAGUCAUCGCAAUGGCAUAAUGAAUCCUUUGGUAUUAUGUCACUAGAUCAAAAUUAAGUCUCUUAAGCAUUUAAUGAAGAACUUCUCCAUAAAUAGAUAAACCUGAUUGAUAACUAAGAAUUCAUUGAAACAAAUUUGCAAGAAGUCACCCUUGAGGUUUUCGAGAGAGUAUUUUGGCCUAAAAUAGUUAAAGUGUUGAGAUAGGAAAACAUAGAAGUCUCUACUUUUGAUCCUACUUUGGUAUGGAGCGAAAUUUGUACAAAAAUAAAAGGUCACGAAACAUCGCAUGAAUAUCCAAAUAAAUAUAUGAAUUACGAGAAUUAUUCUUAUUAUUAUAGAGUUUUAUCAUUGACAUAAACGAAUUUACUUUAUAAGGCAUUUCAAGCCUAUGAAAAAUUAAAAAAGAGCUAUGGUUAUUAUGAUUUAUUGGAUAUUGUAAAUCAUAUUAAUUAUGAGUUAACUUAAGGUAAUGAUGUGAUUGAAUGUGUUCAUUACCUAAUGUUAGAUGAACUUCAAGAUGUGCCAAGAGCUGUUUUAGUCCUUUUAGACAGGAUGGCAGAAUUUGGAUUAUUUUGUUGUGGAGAUAACGCUUAAAACAUAGCUAAGGGAAUAGGAUUUAAAUUUUUUGAAGUUUAAAACUGUUUGUCAAAUUAUAGAGGUAAUCAAAGGAAAAGGAAAACAAACCUAAAGUUGUUUGAUCUCAAUAUUAAUUUUAGAUCCCACAAUUAAAUACUAUAAUUAGCCAACUCUGUCAUUAGAGUCUUAGAGCUUUACUUUCCUUACAAAAUUGAUAGAUUAAAGAAGGAAACAUCCGAUUUAACUGGACCCAAGCCAAUCGUUUUAUAAACUGAAGAUCCACAAGAUUUGUUGUCAUAUAUUUAGGAGUUUUUCACAAACGAAAGAAAAACUGUCGAAUUCGGAUGCAAUUAAGCUAUUAUAGUCAAGGAUCAAGAAUCGAAAGAUAAAUUGCCUUAAGAACUUUAAAAUGCUUUAGUACUUACAAUAUAUGAAGCGAAAGGCUUAGAAUUUGAUGAUGUAAUUUUAUUCAAUUUUUUCAAUGAUUGUAGUACAACUAUUGAAGAUUGGAAAUAAUUGAAUGAAUUAGAAGUGUAAUCAAAUUACAUGACAGAAGAACAAUUUAGAAACUACUAGACAAGUAUUACAUAUUUUAUAUAAAAUAGUUCAUCAAACUGAAAUAAUAGCAGCAGAUGUAAAUGCUUAUAAUAAAUUGAUAGAAAUAAAAUAACUCAAAUUAAGUGAUUGGGCAACUUCAAGAAAUUAUACAGUCUACAAGGAGUCAAAUUAGGAAAAUGUAUCUUUGUGUUAGGAUUUGAAAUAACUGUAUGUUGCUAUAACGAGACCUAAAAGAAAAUUAAUAAUAUUUGACUAAUCAAAUUAGAAAAGAUUGAUAAUGCAAUCGCUUUGGUAGAAAUUAGAUGUUGUUGAAAUUGUUUAGAAAAAGAGUAUUCAGAUUUCUGAUACUCAGUUUAUUCUUGAACACAAAUUAGAUAAUAAAGCUAAUUGGAAAAAAUAAGGAUACAAAAUGUUUAGACUCAAUAAUUAUGAUCAGGCAGCAAAAUGCUUUCAAUAUUCAGGUGAUGAAGAAUUAGCCAAAAAGUCUAAGGCGUAUUUUUUGGCAACUUAAGCUAACAUAUUUCAAGAGAAUUAUGCUAAUUAUGUUGCAGCAGGACGUUUGUUUGAGGAAAUUAAUUUAAAAUUAAGGGGAGCUUAAUGUUAUUUCUCAGGCAAAGAAUAUGCUAAGGCUUAUGAGUUGUAUAAACUGACUGAUUGUUUAAAUGAAACUGCUGAAUCUGCAUAUUUUGCUGGCUAUUUUGAGAAGGCUGGGGAUAUAUUUAAUUAAAUGAAUGACAUUAGAAGAGCACUUGAUUCUUAUAGGAGAGCAGAUAAAUGGGAAAGAAUAUUUGAUUUGUUAAAUCAACAUAAAAAAGAGUUUACUAUAGAUGAAAGAAUGGCCUUUUUGAAUAAGUUUUUUCCCAGCUUUCUUAAAGAAAUGACUGAUUAGAUUGAGCAGUAGGAAAAAGAAAUGGAAGAAAAUAAUUUAUUUGAAGAGGCAAGUCUCAUCUAAGAAGAUGACAACGACUAAUCUCAGAGUUUCUAAAUUGAAAAUUCCAUAAUAGAUGAAUCAAAAUAAUCUUAGGUUGAAAAUAUUUAAGAAAAUCUUGAAUAAUCCCAAGCGAGCAUUUUAAAAUAGGAUAUCUAAGAAAUUAUUGAAAUAGAUGACUCUUAGUCUUUUUCUGUUUAAAAUGAGUAGUCAUUGGAUCACUUAUCAAUCUAUGACCCAGAAGAUGAAUGGUUGAGUAACAAUAGAAAAUCCUUAAUUAAAUCUAUUGCUACCUCAAGUGUUGAAUCACAGUUCUCACAUGUUCUAUUGUUGAAUUAACCUUCAAAUGUUUCGCUCUUAAAAUCUCGAUCCAAUAUUUUCAUAAAGAAUAACGUUUUACAAUAGUUAGUGCAAAAAUUUUAAUACUUUUCCGAAGAAUUUAAGAAUCAUAUUGAAAGAUAACAAUAUAAAACUACAUUGUUAUCAAAUAGAACAGGCGAGGAAAAAGAAUUUGAUCACAUGAUCAACUUUUUAUAUGAUUUAGAUAAUAUAGAUAUUGACACUAUUUAUUUAAUACUGGAUCUAUUAGAACAAUUUAAAAGCUAUAAAUUGUGCAUUUAUGUUUGCAACUAAUUCAAAUUGGCUUAGCAUUUAGGAAGAUAUCUAGUUUCUUAAGCUUCAAUCUAUACUCCAUUAACAAGGAGUCCCUUGAGAAACAACUAUUAGAUUAUGGCAAAUAAGCUUUAUAGAAGAUAAAUAUUAGAAUAAGCGGCAGUAUCCUAGUUAGCUAUUAAUAAUGUAUUAGAAUCUAUAAAUCCAAUAUUCUUAUAAUUUAAAUUUGAGGACAAGCUUAGUUCAUAAAAUAGUUUUGGAAUUGAAUCCUAUAAAGAAUUGAUAGGCUUGGGAUAUUGGAAGACUGUCAUUUAUCAAUUAAAUUAUGAACAUGCAUUCAAUUUGUGCAAAUCAUUCAAUAGUUUUUCGGAUAUCAUUGGCAUUAUAUCAAAAAUUAAAGAAAAGAGAGGACUUAAUGAAUAGGAAUAGUUUACCUUGAAUAAAUCGUAAUACUUUUACAAUGUCUAGGAGGCACUUUAAUCACAACAAAAUUAAAACUUCAAUCCUUUCUUUUCAACUACUAUUAAUUAUUUCCAAAACAAUUAACAAUUGAAUCCUUAAAUCAAAGAAGAUAUAAUUAUAAACAGUUAAAUCAAGAGUUCAAAUUUAAACUAUUCUUAGUAGUUGAAGUAAUUAGAGGCAAUAAUCCUAUCUCAUUUAAUCUUAAGGAAAAUGUCAACUUUAGAUAAGUAAGUAAAUUAAGAUAUAACCCAAUUUAUUGAAAUUUAAGUUUACUUUCUUAAUAAAAUGCAAAAUUUUACUAAAAAUUCAAUUAUCCUUGAUUCAUUCGCAUUCCUAUAUUAAUUCUCAUUACCUCAAGGAGAAAUUAUGGAUCACUAUUCAUAAUUUGCCAUAGUUCAUUUGACAUCUAUCCUAAUAUCCAAUUUACAAUAAGUGUAAAAAGACAAAUAGAAAAAUAAUUAAGAAUAAUCAUAAUAAUAAAUAAAAUUUAUUGAUAUCGGAUUUGAAUAUAUUCUGACACCUUAUCAUGUAGUUUUGUAGACAAUUCAUAAAUCCUUUGUUGAAAUGCUCUCAUUUCUAUUUUACAAAAUUUCAGAAUAAUUGAAUGAUUAUUACCUGAAUUAGACUGGCUUACAAAUAAAAUUCACUCAAAAUGUAUACAUAAACUAAACUUUAUUAUCCUUGUAGGAAUUAUAUUAUUUAGAUUAAAAAUAGAGAAAUGUUUUACCCUUUAUAUUUAAACCUAAAUAACUUCCUAACAAAUAAUUUAAAAAUUCCAAUAAUGGUUUUAGAAUAACAGAGAUUGAUAAACAUAAAUCUUCAGUUCUCAGCUAAAUAAAAUAGGUUCAUUAAUUAGACUUUUUCAAGAUAUUGAUUAAAACCAAUAUUAGAAAUCCAAACCUGCCUUCUAAUGUUAAGCAAUUUCUUAGAGCUGAGAGUAUUACUCUGUUUUAAAUGUUUUAAGAUAAGAAAUAGCACAGCAAAAUUGUUUUAGCUAUAAAUUUAUUAAACUACAUAAAUGAUCUUCCUUUUGCUAUUUUUACACUUGAAUAAAUGAAGAAACCAAAUCUUGCUAGUCCUUAUUUUAAAUAUAUAGAAUUCUUAGAGUGUUAAGAAUAUAAUAUUACUGAAGAUCUGUUCGCUUGCUUUAUUGAGUUUAGUUCAGAACUUUAGAAUGAAUUAUUUUUAGAUGAGUGGUUAUAUCAUUUAAUUAGAGUAGGGCUAGCAAUCCUAAUUUCAUUUCUGGAAGAGCAUAAGCAAAAGAUUUUGGUACCUUGUAAUUUUCUUGAAUUUGUAAAAGGAUUGCAAGGAAAGAAUAUCCAAGCCCCAAUAUUUAAAAUUAACAAUAAUGAAAUGGUUGUAUAGUAUUUAGAAGUUUUAGGAUUGUUUCUUGCUUAUUGCAAUUCAGAACAUUAUGAAUUUUAUGGCAAUAUAUUACUUAUUCUUUUCAUUGUCAAUAUACCUACUUUAACUAAAGAGAUAAUUGAAUAAAUAUCUAUGAUAAUACAAUUUGACUCAAAAUAUAAAUUUUACAAAAGACUUAAGCUAUUAAUUGGUUAGGAUCUACAGACUAGACAAAACGAAUACUUAAAACAAUAAAAAUUCUUAUACAUUUCUCAAUAUUUAGAUUUAUAAAUAAUUCCUUUAGAUAUCAUUAAUUCAAAAAAUGAACAAGAACUUUAACAAAUCUAUAACGCAUGUUUGUCUAAUUGGGAAAAUUACUAAAUUUAAUCUGAGUCCAUUAAAUAGAAUGGAAAAUAAUUAAUUACAAAAUGGUUGAAAUAUAAAAGAAUUAUUACAAAUACCAAAUCCUUAGGUAAGUAAGAACAGUCAGGUCAAUCGUAGCUUUAGAUUGUAAAAUUUUAACAAUUUUACUGCUUGAGUGAUAAGGUCCUUAAUAAUUAUUUGAAUAAAUACAAUAAUAAAUUUGAAGAGAAUCUAAAAGAAGCCUUUACUAUAUAAGAGUAAGAUUUAAUUUUAUCUUAGGAAUAUUAUAAACCAAAGACAUGAGGCAGGUAAUUCGUUAGAUCUUCAUUUCUUUAAUUUAAAAUUGGAACAACUUUCACAAUUAUAAAUCUAGAUUAGUCAAGGAAUUAAUGUAGCUGAAUAAUUAAGAAAAUUAUCUAAGGAAAUAAUUGAUUGUAAAAGGAAUAUUCGGUAUUCUUAAGAAAAAGAGGAUGAACUUUUGGAUAGAAAUAAAGAACUGUUAGCAAUUAAAUGGAGAAAUUUGAAGUCAGGCAUAAAAUUAAAAAAGAGAGUUAUCUAAAAAGCAGAAAUGUAAUCAAUUAAAGAAGAAGAUGAACUAGAAUAAUAAUAAUGA